UUGAGUGAGAGCGCUCUUGUAAUAUUUGUUUGAGUUUCAAUAAAAGUUGUUUGUGUGAGUGUUUUAUUUCCAACAACAAUUUCAAGGUCGAGUUGCUCUCCUCGUUGGCGUGACUUAUCAAAGGCGUGGCGUUCUCUCCGGAAAUGCCUUGCGUGGUCAGUUGGUAAUGACACCCUUAUCAAUUUCUGGGAUGACGUUUGGCUACCCUCUCUUGGAUCUCUCAGACCUUAUGCUCUGUCGCAAAAUAGCAUCGAUACUUCUUUGAAAACCAGCCACAUGGUGACUCUUGAUGAUUCCUCAAAGGAUUCGCUUCUUCCUAUGGCUUGCGCUUAAAAAGAGAAACUUAUGACCAACUUAGAGAGAUGUAAACGAUCCCUCACUGACGACCCUUCUUGUCGCAUUUGUGGUUGCACCGAGGAAAGCAUUCUCCAUAUUCUCCGUGACUGGAAUAUGGCACGCUCUUUAUGGAGUCAAGUGUUUCCUUUAUCAUCGCAGCAGGAUUUCUUUUCUUUGGAUCUACCAAAUUGAUAGGGAAGCAGAGGAAUGAGAUGGUGUUUACCGGUGAUUCAAAUUCGAGAGAAGUUGUCCUUCAUUGCAGCAUAGCUUGGGCCCGUCAUUUUGAUUCUUCUUCUACCAUCAACACCCCUGUGCAUCAAAACACACAUGACCAAGGCCAUUGGAAACCACCCCCUGCGGGAUGGAACUGCUUUAACACCGAUGGCGGUGUUGAAACCCAUUCUGGAAAUGGCUCCAUUGGAGGUGUGCUUCGUGACUCAUCUGGUAGCUGGUUGGGUGGUUUCGCAAAAAACAUUGGUGUAUCCACUGUUCUUAUGGGCGCUUUAUGUCGGACUUCAAGUAGCAUGGGAUUAUGGCCUUGAGAUCCUUCAAUCCAAACUGACAACAAACAAGUAGUACACCUUCUCGACGAUCACAAUACUAUUACCCACCCUCUCUUGCUCGUUCGUGCAAUAACAAACAUAAGGAAACGCGUUUGGAUAACGAACAUCAUUUGGAUUCCACGUGAGGAGAAUCAAGUCGCAGACAAGCUAACCAAGACUGCUCCACCUCAUCAUUUUCAAUUAGUGAUUCACGAUACCCCACCUGCAGAACUGGAAAGCAUUUUAGCCAGUGACCUCCCAGAAAACUAUUUUCAUGAUAGUUAAACUUUAGCCUUCUUGUUUAGGCUUCUUUCAAUUCAAAAAAAAAAUGAAGGAAACAUACAAUACAAGUUUAUAGUUUCG